AUGCAUCCGGUUUUGCAGGUAGCCGAGACAUGGGCCAACGAGUCCAAAAAGCAGGCCAAGGGGCCAUACACGCCAUGCUUCGCCGCAGUGCCCAAACAGGGUAUUAUGCACAUCUUCCGCGAGACCGGCGGCUUUACCAACGUCCCUGGCGGCGUCAUCAUCAAGGUCCCCAGUGGUCGGUUCUAUAGCGACGGGACGUUCACCAUCGACGACAGCCACCUCUUCACGUGCUCUGCCGGCGAGUUCGAGGCCUCGCUUGACGAGAACGACCCUAAUGUACGUAUGGUAACGCACCCACGCACUCUGCCCCACGCUAAUAGAGUCGCAGACCGGUAUGAUUCUCAUCAUUCAGGAAUCUAUGUCUUAAGUCGCCUUAAGCCACACGGAAGGAUAUCGUCAGAGGGGGGGGCGAUCUUUGGAGGUCUAUGCCUUUCAGUGAUCACCUAUGCCGACUUCCGUGUCGUGCCAACAGGCUCUUUUAGACAGCUAGGUGGGACAAGGCGAAGAUGCAGGCGGGAUGCCGCCUUCUAG